AUGUACAGCCGAUCGUCGUGGCGCAGCGGGCUCAAAAAGGUGUGCGAGGCGGCAGCGUUGUACGGACACAUCGAAUGCCUGAGACUCGCUCGUGCGAUCGGCGUCCCUUGGGAUGACUGUUUCAGUCUUAUCACUGAUCAUAUCAUGGGUUUCGUGAGAUUAGGUUCGGCGUGCGAAAUGGCUGCGAUGUCGGGCAAUCUGGACUGUCUACGGUAUGCGCGGGACAACGGCUGCCCGUGGGACGAAAUGACGUGUGCCGCUGCCGCGAAGAACGGACACUUGGACUGUCUGCGGUAUGCACGGGACAGCGGCUGCCCGUGGGACGAAAUGACGUGUGCCGCUGCCGCGUUGAACGGUCACAUGAAUUGUCUCGUCUAUGCACGGGACAACGGCUGUCAAUGGGACAAGGAUACGUGCCAUUGUGCCGCGUUGAACGGCCACAUGGACUGUUUACGGUAUGCCCGCGACAACGGCUGCCCGUGGGACGAGGAUACGUGUUCCAGUGCCGCGUUUAAUGGUCACAUAGACUGUCUUGUGUACGCACGGGACAACGGGUGUCCCUGGGACGUUUUAACGUGCAGCUCCGCCGCGACUAACGGUCACUUGCACUGUCUCGUCUAUGCACGAGAGAAUGGGUGUCCAUGGGACGAGUGGGCGUGUGUCGUCGCAGAACAGAACAGCCAUUUAGACUGUGUCACUUACGCACGGACCAAUGGGUGCCUGUCGCAAAUGGGCGAUCGAAAUGUGGACAGCGAUGGAGAAGACUGGUGUUUUUCGGACGAGGACAGUAUAAGCGAUGCAGCAUGA